GGGGGGGGGGCACCAAGCCUCAAAUUGACAUGUCAUGACAAGGCAGAAGAACCGGUUUGUCGAAAGCUACAGUAUUUUACUGGUUCAACGCUGCACCACAGAUAAUAUGAUGACGUUAUCUGGCGUAAAUGAGAGCUACAGCUUGAGCUAGCGAGCUAUAUGUACCUGCAAGUUCAGCGAACUAGCAGCUAGCUAACCGUAGCUAGUUAGCCUGCCAAGGAAAGCAAUGGAUUGGUUACAGCAUUUAGCUAGCAAACAACAGAUAUCUAGCUGCUAGUUUUGAUAGGUAUUAGGUGCUGAUUGCAAACGUGGAUUUCCAACAUGUGGUGCACAGCACGUAUUUCAACAUUUAUAUGACUUGUAUAAAUUUACAUUUAAUCUUUUGUCGAGCAAAUCCCCAAAACACAGCGGGCCACAAAUGGAACCAGGGAGUUCGCGUGAAGGUCCAUCCGGCUCUGGGGGUCCCGAAGUGGCGGGCCUACGUGAGGAGACCCCCGGCGAAGAGGCUGAGGAUGGGGACAACUGUAUUCUGAAAGGAGGAGGAGACGGAGGCAACGAAAACACUCUGGACAAGAUGAAAGCAGAAUGUAAGGAUGAUGCUGUUACUGGGAAAAAGAUUGAGGAUACUGAUGAAGACAAAUAUGAAGAGGAAUUGGACCCGAGAAUUCAGGAGGAGCUAGAGCACCUGAAUCAGGCCAGUGAUGAGAUCAAUAAGCUGGAACUGCAACUGGAUGAUGCAAGGUCCAGCUACAGGAGGAUCCUCACUGACUCAGCCAGGAAGCUCAAUGCUCAGGGCUCCCAGCUAGGCACCUGCAUUGAGAAGGCCAGGCCCUACUACGAAGCCCGCAGACUAACCAAAGAGGCCCAGCAGGAGACGCAGAAGGCAGCGUUGCGGUAUGAGAGAGCCGUCUCCAUGCAUACGGCCGCCAGAGAGAUGGUGUACGUGGCAGAGCAGGGGCUCCUGGCAGACAGGAACACUCUGGACCCCACCUGGCAGGAGAUGCUCAACCACGCCACCUCCAAGGUGAACGAGGCAGAGGAGGAGCGGCUGCGGAGUGAGAGGGAGCACCAACGGGUCACUCAGCUGUGCCAGGAGGCAGAGCAACGUGUCCAGACCCUCCAGAAAUCCCUCAAGAGGGUCAUCGUCAAGUCCAAACCUUACUUUGAGCUCAAGGCUCAGUUCAACCACAUACUAGAGGAGCACAAGGCGAAUGUGGUGCAGCUGGAAGAACGUGUCGCAAAGGUGAAGAUGCGCUACUCCGUCGCUCUGCGCAACCUGGAGCAAAUCAGCGAGCAGAUCCAUGCUCAGAGGGGGCGUGUCCGAGCCACCAGGGCCCACCCCGUAGCCUGCGGUGGGCGGAGCUCCCCAGUAGGGGCGGAGGCUGAGGUCAAAGCUGCGGUUGGGGUUCAGGUUGGAGGAGCCUGUGGCGGAGGAGGAGAAGGGUUGGAGGAGAAGGACUGGGCUGAUGGAGAGAAGACCAGGCAGUGGGUGGAGAGACACAGAGAGCAGGGCUGGGGUCACAGGGAGAGGGUGGAGGCAGGGUCAGACUCCAUGUCUGACAUGAGCCUCCAGACAAUCGCCUCGGAUCUGGAGAAGUGUGACUCAGUAGGGCACCUGGGGGAUCUGAGUGACGUGAGCAGCCUAAUGGGAGAGGACUGGGAGAGGGACCAGUCCUUUAUGGCUGAGAACAGAGACAGGAAGCCCAGGGCAGAGGAGAGAGUUGUGAGGGACGUUGUCAUCCCCACUCCAAGGCAGGAUAGAUUAGAGGAGGUGAGGGGGGUGAUACAGAGCGAGAGACAGGACAGCUUUGUCAAGCAGCACCACAGAAGUGUGAGUUUGUGAGUCCAGAAGAAUAGAAUGGGCUGGUGAGUGAUGAUGAUGAUGAUGAGUGAUCAAAUAAGGGAAUGAGAUCAGAAGGUCAACAUCAUAGAAAAGACAUGGAGACUGUAGAAGCACCCUAUGCCCUAUAUAGUGCACUACAUUUGACCAGAGCCCCCGUAGGUAAUGGGGUGUCAUUUGGGACGCUGCCUGCAUCCUUGUGACGCCGCCUGCGUCCUUGUGACGCCGCCUGCGUCCUUGUGACGCCGCCUGCGUCCUUGUGACGCCGCCUGCGUCCUUGUGACGCCGCCUGCGUCCUUGUGACGCCGCCUGCGUCCUUGUGACGCCGCAGAGGGGAGUAGCAGGGAGGAGGGUGGCUGGUGCAUCAUGAAUAACAACUUGAGAAAGAGAGAAGAGGAAGUGUUAGGUGAUUUUUAAACUAGGUCCCCUGUGGGAAUUGUAGUUCUCUCACACUGAUCUGUCUAUUGUUUCACACAGUAAAGAUAUCAGUGACCUGAGACUGCCAACACAUGACAAAUCCACCGAGGCCAAGGCUCGUCUAAACACAGUGCUGAAUGUAGAUACAGAGACCACAUAACUUACAUAACGUACACUUACUCUACUGACCGUUUCACACGCGGGAAAAAAAUGUACGCAGCAAAGCUUAUUUUAGGAAUGUUAUUUUUAUAUUGACUUUAGUCCCUGAAUGAAUACCUUUUUCCAUAUUGAUUGAAUUACCACAUAAUAGUUUUUGUUGUUGUUGCUCGUCCUUGGCAUGAACACAAGGCGUUAAUGCAAGCGAUACUGCUCUCUCUCUCUCCCUCUUGAGUAGAAAUACAAACAGGAAAUACAAACAGGAAAUACAAACAGGAAAUACAAACAGGAAAUACAAACAGGAAAUACAAACAGGAAUAUGAUUGUUGUAUUUUAAACACCUUCGGAUAAGAAGGUAAUUUAAACCAACAUUUUAUUUAGUUUGUAGACCAGUUGUAUUGUUUUUACCUCCCAGUAGAAUGUUCUGGAAAUGUUCCCAGCAGCUAGAGGACCAACGACUCCUCAGACACGACACUGUAAGAGAAUGUGUCCGUCACUCGCAUUGAUCUAACACUUCCACAGUGUUUCUCUCUCUGACCUUUUCACAAUCCCUGUUUUCUGUCAGGAAGAAAUGUCAGCUAGCCUGGGGUUGUGUCCAAUAUUACACCCUAUUCCAUAUGUAGUGAACUACUUUUUACCAGGGCCAUUUGGGACCUUUCCAAGAUGUUACACUGCAUGGUGGGAAAUUAUUCUAAUUAACUCCUUUAGUAUUGUAUACGCUGUAAAGAACAGGUUUUGACGAACUUCUAAAAUAAGAUUUUAAUUUGACUGAAAUGUAUUUUAAGUGCCCUUAGCCGUCCAAAUUGUAAGAUAUUCUGUAAGAGUUUAACGUGCAAAUAACCCCUGUCGUCAAUGAUGACAUGUUUUAGUAAUCAAGAAAUCUCAAUUCUAAACCAUUUAUUAUUCAAUUUCUUAACUGUCUUCCUUGAAUAGUGAGACUAUUUUGGUGAAUUUUUAAAAAAUUGUUUUAGAUUGAAAUAGUUUGCCAGUGUUUUACUGUAGUUAACACUGUUGAAACAUGAACUGGUAUUUUGGUAUUUCAUUAGGAUCCUCAUUAGCUGUUGCAAAAGCAGCCACUACUCUUCCUGGGGGGUCCACACAAAACAUAACAUCAAUAGACAGUAGAACAGCUCAAGGACCGAACUACAUUUUUUAAAUUUGUUUUUUUAUUUUAUUUAACUAGGCAAGUCAGUUAAGAACAUUCUUAUUUACAAUGACGGCCUUGGAACAGUGGGUUAACUGCCUUGUUCAGGGGCAGAAAGACAGAUUUGUACUUUGUCAGCUCGGGGAUUCGAUCUUGCAACCUUUCGGUUAACUAGUUCAAACGCUCCAACCACUAGGGUACCUGCCGCCCCUACAUACAUUUCACCCUUACUUAACACCACUAAGUUAUGUUCGUUAUUGGGUGCAACAACCUGCCUGUUGUAGAGGGAAACAUUCUUUUUGUUGUUGAAAGGUUUCCACUUCCUGGGGUUAUUUGACCAGUUCCUUUACUUGUUCAUUUUGUACCUGUUGACAGGUGCCUUUACUGAUCUCACCAGACAGUGACACUACUAGAUCACUACACUAGCAAGACACACACAGAGAGAGAGCGUGAGGGAUGAGAGUCAGGGAAGAAAUAUAGGGUAAAGUAAUGGUAUUUACUGUUUAAUGCACAUACUUGUAAUAUUGUUUUUGUUCAUGCAGACCUGUGCCAUUGAUUUGAAUAUUUUGACUGUUUUAAAGUUGAUUUGCACAUGACGACAGUACUUGUGGAGUUUAGUUUUACCCCUUUCCUGCUCAUUACCUCUUCAUCCAACCAUCAUUGAUCACCCUUGUUACCUGGCUGCCCCUGCCCCCCCCCGCCCCCGCCCCUUACCUGCUCAACAUCACAUUUGCUGUUCUGUUUUUCACACUCAAUUGGUUUAUUUAUUUAAUUACCUGUUAUUUUCCCAUUCGUUACUCAUUCAGUUCAGUCCUUGUACACUGCCUGUUCUCCUUUUAACCAGUUCAGUACCACCUCAGUUUGUCGUCGUUGACUGUUACAUAACCUGGUCAGCAUCAUCCUUGUUACCUGGCUGUUCCCUUGUCUUAACCUGGGAAAUAUUCACAUUUGCUGCUCCCCACAAUGUUCCCACUACCCCCAAUCCAUUCGCUGAUAAAUGCUGACUUGGGAUCAGUGGUCAGUCCCAAAUGGCACCCUAUUCCCUAUAUAGUGCACUAGGGCCUAUAGGGCCCUGGUCAAAAGUAGUGCACUAUGUAGGGAAUAGGGUGUGUGAAGCAUUAAUGCAAAGUCUUCCCAUUUUCCUGCUCCACUUGACACCGUGUUUUAUUUGUUCAUGUAAAUGGGAUGCAUCCCAAAUACAGCUGUACUCCAUUCCUUACAUAGUGCUCUACUUAUGGGCCCUUGUCAAAAGUAGUGCACUAUGUAGGGAACAGGGUACUAUUUAAAGUGUAGUGGAUGUAUAAUAAUGAUAUGAAUGUUAAUUUAUUAAUCGUGUACAUGGUAAUUUAUGGAAUGUGAUGCUAUUUCCAGCUAUUAAACUUGGUUUUA